AUGGCUUAUCCUUCUCAAUUAGGCUUACAAGACGCCACAUCACCUAUUAUAGAAGAAUUAAUAAACUUUCAUGAUCAUACAUUAAUAAUCGUCUUCCUUAUUAGUUCUCUGGUCCUAUAUGUUAUUACACUAAUAUUAACUACUAAGUUAACUCACACAAGUACAAUAGAUGCACAAGAAGUAGAAACAAUCUGAACUAUUCUACCUGCAGUAAUUCUUAUCCUUAUUGCCCUACCGUCUUUACGAAUUUUGUAUAUAAUAGAUGAGAUUAACAACCCAGUAUUAACAGUGAAAACUAUAGGACAUCAGUGAUACUGAAGUUAUGAGUAUACAGACUAUGAAGACCUAUGCUUUGACUCAUAUAUAAUCCCUACGACAGAUCUAAAACCAGGAGAACUUCGAUUACUAGAAGUUGACAAUCGAGUUGUACUCCCCAUAGAACUACCGAUUCGCAUGCUAAUCUCAUCCGAAGACGUUCUUCACUCAUGAGCUGUCCCAUCUCUUGGAUUAAAAACAGAUGCAAUUCCCGGACGACUAAAUCAAGCUACUAUUUCAUCAAAUCGACCAGGGUUAUUCUACGGUCAGUGUUCAGAAAUCUGUGGGUCUAAUCAUAGCUUUAUACCUAUUGUUUUAGAAUUAGUCCCUCUUAAAUACUUUGAAAACUGAUCCGUAUCAAUAGUCUAA